UACCGUGAGGGCGCCCCUCCCCCCCACAAGAUUAGAUUCCCGCCAGCAGCAGCAUAGCGAAGCACCAGCUCAAGGUUACUUCUCUUGACCCCUGACCGCCACGAACGACGAACCUUCCAUACCAUACCCCCCGUUCCCAGAUCCCACAGCAACAUACCCAUCUCCUACAUACACAUACACAUACACAUACACAUACACCGCAACCGAAAAACCACAAUCGCUCCCUGCUGAGCAGCCAUGGCUCAGAAAGACAAACUCGGCGGCGGCGUCGUCGUCGCAGACGCUGAGCCCUCGUCGCGAUCACGAAAACGCAGCAAGAGCAGAUCGCCGACGCGGGCGAGCAAUCAGGACACCUCUCCACCACCACCGCCACCCUACCAAGAGAAACCCGAGUCGUCGCGAAACGAUGUCGACCCGGGAGUCAAGGACAAUGACAUCUUCCUGUUGCCGUCGUCAGACUAUUCCUUAAUGAUCCUGUUGACUUGUAUCGCCGUCGCCGUGCGGUUGUUCCGGAUCUACCAGCCGUCGAGUGUGGUGUUCGAUGAAGUCCACUUUGGCGGAUUCGCGAUGAAGUAUAUCAAGGGACGGUUCUUCAUGGACGUCCACCCACCGUUGGCGAAGCUCAUGAUUACCCUCGCCGGUUGGUUGGCCGGCUUUGACGGAAACUUCGAUUUCAAGGAGAUUGGAAAGGACUACCUGGAGCCCGGCGUUCCAUAUGUGGCUAUGCGCAUGCUUCCGGCAGUUUGCGGUAUCUUGGUUGUUCCUACGAUUUUCUUGACCUUGAAGGCAGCGGGUUGUGCCACGGCUUCGGCGACUCUGGCGGCUGGAUUGAUCAUCUUCGACAACGCAUUGGCCACCCAGUCUCGGCUUAUCCUCCUUGACGCCCCACUCGUUAUCUUUACGGCUCUGACCGGACUCGCGUGGACCUGUUUCCUCAACGUCCACGAGCAAGGCCACACCCAGGCGUUCUCGCUCAACUGGUGGUUCUGGCUCGUGUGCACCGGACUCGGAUUGGGUGCUACUGCCAGCGUCAAAUGGGUCGGCCUGUUCACCAUUGCGUGGGUUGGAAGCUUGACGAUUCUGCAACUGUGGUCUCUGCUCGGCGACACCAAAAAUGUCUCGGCCAGCUCCUGGAUGAAGCACUUCUUCUCGCGCGCCAUGUGCCUGAUCGGUAUCCCGGUCACCUUCUACAUGGCUAUGUUCGCGAUCCACUUCACUUGUCUCCGCAACCCCGGUGAGGGUGACGGAUUCAUGUCCUCUGAGUUCCAGUCCACGCUCAACUCAAAGGGAAUGAAGGAUGUCGCCGCCGAUGUCGCCUACGGCUCCAAGAUCUCCAUGAGGCACUACAACACUCAGGGUGGUUACCUCCACUCUCACGCGAGCAUGUACCCCGGCGGAUCCAAGCAGCAGCAAAUCACCCUCUACCCCCACAAGGAUGAGAACAACGUUUGGUUCCUCGAGAAUACCACUUACCCUGAGGGAGGAGUCGGCGUCACCGGUUUCGACGAGAUGGAUCCCAUCUGGGUCAAGGACGGUGCCAUCAUCCAGUUGUACCACGUCAACACCGACCGAAGACUUCACUCUCACGAUGUCCGCCCUCCGGUCACCGAAGCUGAGUGGCAGAACGAGGUAUCCGCAUACGGCUACAAGGGAUUCAAGGGCGACGUCAACGACUACUUCCGUGUUGAGAUCGUUAAGCAUCUCUCGGACGGCGCAGUUGCCAAGGAGCGCCUGAGGACCAUCCAGACUAAGUUCAAGCUUGUCCACACUCAGACCGGAUGCGUGCUCUUCUCCCACAAGGUGAAGUUGCCGACGUGGGGUUUCGAGCAGCAGGAGGUCACUUGCGCCAAGGGUGCCACGCUGCCCAACAGCAUCUGGUACAUCGAGUCCAACGAGCACCCCAAACUCGGCGCAGACGCAGAGCGCGUUAACUACCGCAAGCCUGGUUUCCUCGGAAAGUUCUGGGAGCUUCAGAAGGUGAUGUGGAAGACCAACGCCGGCCUCGUCGAAUCGCACGCCUGGGACUCGCGCCCCGACUCGUGGCCCAUCCUUCGUCGCGGUAUCAACUUCUGGGGUAAGAACAACCGCCAGGUCUACCUCAUCGGCAACCCUCUCAUCUGGUGGUCUUCGACCGUCGCAAUCUGCAUGUACGCCUUGUUCAAGGGUCUUGCCGUCCUCCGUUGGCAGAGGGGUUACCGCGACUACGCCGUCACCAACUUCCGUCGUUUCGACUACGAGGUCGGUGUGGCUGUCCUUGCGUGGGCUUUCCACUACUUCCCCUUCUUCCUGAUGCAGCGCCAGCUGUUCCUUCACCACUACCUUCCUGCGCUCUACUUCGCCGUUGUCGCCUUGUGCCAGACAUUUGACUUUGUCGCUUUCCGCAUCAAGGCCAUCGGUCUCAAGAAGCUGCCCGUCGUCGGCUGGUCCAUCGCUGUCGUCUUCCUCGCCCUCAGUGCCGUCGUCUACGGUCUGUACAGCCCGCUCGUCUAUGGCAACCCCUGGACCAAGAGCGACUGCCGCCGCGUGAAGCUCUUCAACACCUGGGACUGGGACUGCAAUACCUUCCUUGACAACUACUCUGACUACAACAACAUCGUCUCGAAGAAAACCGCCGCCGCUACCGUCCCCACCACUGCCGCCGCCGCCCCUGUCGCCGAAGUCCCCGCCGCCCCCGCCAAGCAGGAGCAGCAGCAGCAGCAACCCAUCAUCCAGAAGGACAAUGUCGCCGCCGCACCUCCCGUCGUCCCGGCGGCAGAGCAGCAGCCCGAACCCGUCAAGUCCGAAGAGCCCAUCGACUCUAUGAUCACUGGGCAGCCCGCGCCGCCAGGAGAGAUCGUUGACACAGAUGAGCACGUCGAGUACCGCGACCAGGACGGCAACCUCCUCGACCUCGACCAGGUCAAGGCCCUCGAGGGUCAGGUCGAGUUCGAGACGAAGUACGAGACUCGCUACAGGAUGAUCGAUGAGGAUGGAAAUUACAUUCCCGUCAACCCUGAUGACGUCGCGCCUGAGCAGGGUGAGGAAUCACCUAAGCAGGAGCAGGAAAAGCCGGUGGAGAAGGAACAGGUGAAGGAGCAGGAGAAGCCGGUGGAGCAGGAGAAGCCGGUGGAGCAGGAGAAGCCGGUGGAGCAGGAGAAGCCGGUGGAGCAGGAGAAGCCGGUGGAGCAGGAGAAGCCCACGGAGCAGGAGCAGCAGUUGCCCCAGGAUCCUGAGGCCAUCGAGCCCGAGACUACCAAGACUGUUGAGACUUUCGAGACUGUUACCGUUCGCGUCGACGAGGACGGCAAGCCCAUCGAGGGUGACGAGCAGACCCGCACUGUGUACAUCGACGCUCCCGAGGGCUCGGAAGUCCCGGACGAAGCUGGCUCCAACGACGGCAAACCCAUCGAGGCUGAACAGGAGACCCACACCGUGUACAUCGACGCCCCUGAGGGCUCGGAGGUCCCGGCCGAAGCUGGCUCUGACGGCAAACCCAUCGAAGAGGAGACUCACACCGUCUACAUCGAUGCCCCCGAGGGCUCGGAAGUCCCGGUUGAAGCUGGCUCCAACGACAGCAAACCCGUCGAGGCUGAAGAGCAGACCCACACCGUGUACGUCGACGCCCCCGAGGGCUCGGAAGCCCCAGCCGAAGCUGGGUAAGUCGUCUCUCCUCUCUCUCCCCUCAACACUUACUAACGCCCCCCAGCUCCAAGGACGGCGAAGAACGCGAAGAGGUCGAGAUUCUCCGGACCAUCUACGUCGACGAGUUCGGCA